AUGGCUGUAGCACGAUUUCUAUCACGUGGUGGUGGGUUUCUCAGCCAGCAGGGAGACUCGAGCUUAAAAGAUGUCGGGCUCGAUGCCAUUUGUCCCUCGCAUUACAACAGGACGACUGCUGAUUUCGUGCACCGCUACCUCGCCAAGACCCAACGAAACACGCAGCAGGCCCUCGAUGGAAUGCGACACAAGUCGCUGGCAAUCAUCUGCGAUGCCUCUCCGAAGGCGAAGCACGAUGUAUGGUUGCCAGUCUUCGGGCUUCCAAAUCAUCUCAGUGUCGGUACAUUACAGAGAUUGUCGACAUUGCUACCGAGCGGUGCCACGGCACCUCAGAAGCUGGGGGUGGCAAGCCUGGUGGCCGAGAGCCACACGAAGGCCGUGCUGGCUGAACCCGCGACCAAGCAGGACAAAAAGAAGCUGCCCCUCGCAGCACUUAGGCCCAAAGCACUCAAUGCUCUGAAAGAAGAUCGCUUGGCUGCCAAGCAGGAGCUAAAGGCUGUGUCCAACGNNGGACUUAGCUUGGACGACAUUUUUCCGAGCUGCCCCUGUGCUCCUGUAGAUGCGGAGAACGAAGAACGAGCACACCACACUCUGAAUGAUGAGGUGUUGUCUUUCGUGGUCAAAAGGGAUACCGGGGCGAGCAGAUGGGACACAGUUGUGGAGGGCCAAGGCUGCAACAGCCUCCGGCUCAUACUGUGCCCAGAUCAGGGCGGCCCCUUGUACUCAGCCUACCAAUUCCUCGCACACAACGGUGCCAAUGUGGGAUUUAUUCGCGACGAAUUGCACAAGCUCCACGCUCACAUGGGUCGUGUGACAUCUUGCAGCCCGAUGAUCAAAAGAAUGACACUGUUGAGUGGAUGGCUCUUCAGGGCCAAAAAAAGCCCCUGGAACACCAGCAACUUUGCCUCUACCCUGAAGGAGGCUCAUCAAGAUGAUGUAUUGAUGGAGCUUUUCAGCAGGGAUAUCUUGCGAGAGAACGGCCUCCCCCACACCUCCGAUGCGAAGCUGAACUUCGAGAGGAAUCCUCCCAGUGGUUUCUGA